AUGAAUAGUGUCAAAGAUCUUUCUUUGAUGACUUCUUUUAUCAUCGAUGGUUGUAUGUAUGAGACGGUAAUGACAGCUUUACACUAUUCAGCCGAUUACGUACAAUUUAUAUUUCCAUUUGAAUCACCUAUAUCUAUGAAGUUCGAAAUUAUUGGAAAAGAUAAUACUUUAUUACAAAGUGUUAAUACAGGUGCAAUGUCAAGUAUGCCAAUUGGGCAAUCGAAAAUGUUUAAUAAAAAUGAAUUUGGCUCAUAUAUUACAAUUCGAGUAUAUAAGGUAUUGCCAACACAGAACCAGCCAAAUGUUUUACUUGAUAAUCUUAUAAUAAAGACUAGUCGUGCAACAGGCCACCGAAUUGUAUUCUAUAUAGUAACCAAUAUAUAUCCUCAAUCAAUUGGAUAUACCCAUUAG